ACUAAGAACAUGAAGCUAUCUGAUGAUGUUGAUUUGGAAAGGAUUGCUAAGGAUACUCAUGGCUAUGUUGGGGCUGACCUUGCUGCUUUAUGCACUGAAGCUGCUCUCCAGUGUAUCCGUGAAAAGAUGGACAUAAUUGAUCUAGAAGAUGAAUCAAUUGAUGCUGAGAUUCUCAAUUCUAUGUCUGUUACAAAUGAACACUUUAAGACUGCUUUGGGAUCUAGUAACCCAUCUUCCCUCCGUGAAACUGUUGUUGAAGUACCAAAUGCCAGCUGGGAUGAUAUUGGUGGGCUGGAAAAUGUCAAGAGGGAAUUGCAAGAGGUAGUUUGCUGGAUAUGUUUGAGGUUUUAUGUCCACUAA